AUGCGGAGGGACCCUUCCGAAGGCAAGCCCCCGGACGGAAGCAGCGUAACCGACUCCAGGGAGGGGAGGUCAACAGGGCAAGCCACUGACCAAGCGACUGACCAAGCGACUGACCAAUCGGCUGACCUAUCUGCUAACCAGCGGACUGCCACCCAACAACCCAACAUCCUCAUCCACACACGGUGCAACCUCCCAAGCGACUCACAGAAAAAUAUUAAUUGUUCAAGCAAUGUGGGAAACCAACUUUGCUUUGAUGACUUUUCAAAAGGAGGAAAUUUCUCUCAUGACAUUGUUAAUGAGAACCUGCCGCCUGGAGUAGCGUGUAGAGAAGUGAACGACUUCCGAGCCCCUACUCCGUUGGCUACCUUGGGGGAUGACGCUGGUUGUUCCGAAGAAGGGGGAGCAGCGGUAGGGCAGCAAGUGGGAAGAAUGGAAGAAGUAGGUGGAGUAGUAGUGGAAGAAGAAGAAGAAGAAGAAGACAUGGGCCAAGACACUGCCCCACCGCCAGGGGACGAAGCCGAACCUGCGCUCUCCAUAGAAGAACAGAGCACCGAGUCGUACGACGGCUCCAGCGAGUUCUCACUGGACGGUGUGGGUGAAGGCAUGCUGGACUGCUUUAAACAAGCGUAUGACACAAGGAGGAAGUCGAAGCUUAGGGGGAGAACGAAGGAAGGGAAGACAGAAGCAGAGGGGAACACGGUGGAAGAGGACAAUGUCAACCAUGAUGUUACAAAUGAAGGAGAUGCGAACGAAGGAGAGGCCGACCCGGGCCCACUCCCCUCCGAGGAGAACUACUCGUACACCGUGCACGACAAAAACGACUUAGAUGCAAUCAUCCGAAGCUCCAUCAAAACAUACAGCUGCGCCCUCAUGAAAAAAAUACUCCUUCACGGAAAAAUAUUUAUCACACAUGAUAGCGUCUACUUCAUGUCCCUCUUCGACUCACUCUUCUCAAACAUCUCCAUCCUCCGCAUUCCUUACGAAUCCAUACAAGCCGUAGAAAAAAUGAGCGUCCUUAACUUCAUCCCCAAUGCUCUGAAGAUUGUUGUGAAAAACAAGUCCUUCCUUUUCACAUCCUUUGUACACAGGGAUCAUGCUUACGACUUUAUCAUGGACAUGGUCCGGGACCAUAGACUGGCUAGCCAAAUUCCCAAGAAGGGCGUCGUCCUCUACAACACGGAGGAUGAUUAUUAUGAUGAUGAGGAUGAGGACGAUCAUGAUGAAGAGGGAGAAGGGGAGGAAGAAGAAAACGAAACGACCAAAGAGUCAAGCCAAGAGGAAGGAACAACCGAGCAAGGACAGCUAAACAGGCGGAAGAAGAAGAAAAAGAAGAAACGCCCCCGUCUGCUCAGCGAAGCGAAGAGUUCGAAGAAACAGCAUGACCAGUCCAUCCUUUACACCAUCACCCCUACGCAGCACGACCUACUAAUGAAUGACCAGCCCAAGCGGGCGGAAGAGCUUCCAGCAGAGCCAGCUGAUGAAGAGGAAAACACAGCCAGAUCCAUCCCUCCACACAAAGAAAAAAAAAAUUAUAUAGUGAUACAAACGGGAAACGAUAUAGUACAACCACACAUUGCAGACAAGGAAGAAGAACUGUUGAGGGAAAACAACUUUAUCCAAUGCAACUACCAUACCGAUAGUCUACAAAUAAAUGAAGAUUUUAAAAAAAUAUUCCUUGACAUUUUCUCCCAAUUCGAUGAUAAGAAUCCUUUUGUGAAAAGUGUUGAGGACAAAAACCCGAACAAUUUAAGUUAUGAGCACUUGAAGAAUUUGAAUAGGGAGCUACAGAGCAAGGGACACCUGUCGUAUGAAUCCUUUUACAACAUAUCCCUGUUUGAUGAUGAGAAGAGAGUGUUUGGCAUGCCUGCACGAUCCGACGUGAAGGAACAUUUAUCUUUUUUUUUUCUCCAGAAUGCCAUUGUCAUACAAAAGUGCGUUGUUCUUCUGUGCAGUGUGCCGCUAGUAGACUCCUUCCGUACAAUCAUCACAAUCACCCUCCACAAUGUGCUCCUGGAAGGGGACAACACGGGCCAAGCUACCCUUGGAGGAACCCCCGGUACACACAUCGACUUUGCGUACGACAUCGAAUUUGUAAAGCACACUUUUUUUAAAUAUCAAAUAAAAAACAACGCCCUCCCUGAGCUGGAAAUCUCCGUCAACAAUCUGAAGAGGUACACACAGGAAGCGAUGGAAGAUAGGUAUAUACAGCCCGGCUCAACAAAUAAAAAUAAUCACACGAAAAUUAGCCACUACACCUUUGUAAAGGACUACCUCGAUAUAAUGACCAUUGGUGAAGAGAAAACUUUUGAAAAUGCCAACAAUACGGGGCCCUCGGAAACGGCUGUUCAGGCGAAUGACAACACUUCUUCGGCAUGGUCCACAGCGAAGAGGUACUUCAAGGCGGAGUUUAAUCCCCUAUCGCAGAGUAUGCGCCACAGAUUGGUCGUUUGGAGCUUCCUGGUGUUCAUGCUUGCAAUAAUGAUGUAUAAAGUAAUUGAGAGAAAGAUGCCAAGGGAAAUCAUCACCCUGCAGUGCGGGCAGUGCGGAAACCAGAUCGGAGUGGAGUUCUGGAAGCAGUUGUGCAACGAACACAACAUAGACAAAGAGGGAAUAUUGAAAAACAAUAAUUACCUCAACGAGGACCGCAAGGACAUUUUCUUUUACCAAGCAGACGAUGAACACUUCAUCCCAAGGGCACUGCUCUUUGACCUAGAGCCAAGAGUUAUUAACAGCAUUCAAGCCAGCGAAUAUCGUAACCUAUACAACCCUGAAAAUAUGUUCAUUUCUAAAGAAGGAGGAGGAGCAGGGAAUAACUGGGGGUGUGGAUACAGCCAAGGACACAAGGUUGAAGAAGAAAUAAUUGACAUGAUUGAUCGGGAGGUAGAUAACAGUGACAACCUGGAGGGCUUCAUUUUAUCUCAUUCAAUUGCAGGAGGGACUGGUAGCGGUAUGGGUAGUUACUUACUUGAACUUUUGAAUGACAAUUAUUCAAAGAAAGUAAUACAAACCUUUUCUGUUUUUCCUCUCCUGACGAAUGAAAGUAGUGAUGUAGUGGUGCAACCCUACAAUAGCAUACUUACAUUGAAGAGAUUAAUUCUAAGUACAGACAGUGUAGUAGUCAUUGAUAAUACAUCCUUGAACAGAAUCUUUGUGGACCGAUUAAAAUUAAACAACCCCACGUUUCAACAAACCAAUACAAUAAUUUCAAAUGUCAUGUCCGCUUCCACUACAACCUUAAGAUACCCUGGUAGUAUGAACAACGACAUGAUCAGUUUAAUUUCAUCUCUUAUUAUAAAUCCUAAGUGUCAUUUCCUGGUUACCUCAUACACACCUAUUACCAUUGACAAGCAUCUCUCCAACGUACAAAAAACGACUGUACUCGAUGUUAUGAAGAGACUAUUGCAUACGAAAAAUAUUAUGGUGUCUGUACCAGUCAGGAGAGGCAUGUACAUUUCCAUCCUGAACAUCAUCAGAGGAGAAACCGACCCCACACAAGUACAUAAAGGACUACAAAGGAUACGAGAUAGAAAGCUUGUUAAUUUUAUCAAAUGGAAUCCUGCCUCCAUUCAAGUCACUUUAGCCAAACCAUCUCCUCACGUAGUCUCCACUCAUAAGGUCUCCGGGUUGAUGAUGGCAAACCACACGUCCAUCUCCACCCUCUUCGAACGAUGUGUCACUCAAUUUGACAGACUCUUUAAAAGAAGGGCCUUCUUGGACAAUUAUAAAAAGGAGCCCAUGUUCAGCAGCGCGGAUGGCCAGGGCAACUUUGAGGAAAUGGAGUCCUCCAAGGAAAUCACACAAAACCUGAUUGACGAGUACAAGAGCGCUGAGCGGGACGACUACUUCAGCCACGCCUACCUCUGA